GUUACAGAGAAAGAGAACGAAACAAAACUCUCUUCUUUAUUUCUCUUUUACCAGUCACCAAUGGCGGCCUCUGUCAAAAACCGGCAGUUUCACCACCUUGAACCCGCAUUACCACGAUUCAGAGCCGGUCCAAACCACCGGUCUGAUUCUCCUGUUGGAACCUUCAACUUCCAUCCUAACAAACCUACUGUUAAUACUGUCACUUCCAAUGUUCACGUUGAUUACCCCUCCAGCGACGACGAGGAAGAGAGUGAUGAGAACGGGUACGAGGAUGCAAUCAAGAAGGGAAAAGCCGAGUUGGAAAACUCGGUUUUGGAUGCAAGAGAUGAAGGAACGGCUGAUAAUUGGAUCGUACGCAAUCCAUCCAUGGUUAGGCUGACCGGAAAACACCCGUUCAACGCCGAGCCACCGCUAACGAGGCUGAUGCACCACGGGUUCAUAACUCCGGUGCCAUUGCAUUACGUCCGGAACCACGGUCCAGUCCCUACGGCCACCUGGGAUGGCUGGACUGUGGAGGUCUGUGGGCUGGUGAAACGGCCAAUGAAAUUUUCAAUGGAACAGUUGGUUAACGAGUUCCCAUACAGGGAGUUUCCGGCUACGCUCGUCUGCGCCGGAAACAGGCGGAAAGAGCAAAACAUGACGAAGCAGACGAUUGGCUUCAACUGGGGUGCUGCUGCGGUUUCUACUUCGGUGUGGCGGGGAGUGCCUCUUCGUGCAAUUCUGAAGCGUUGCGGCAUUUUCAGCCGCAAGAAUGGAGCGCUGAAUGUUUGUUUUGAGGGCGCUGAGAACUUGCCCGGCGGAGGAGGAUCGAAGUAUGGAACCUGCGUCAAGAAGGAAGUUGCCAUGGAUGCAUCCAGGGAUAUUAUUCUGGCGUACAUGCAAAAUGGGGAGCUCUUGACUCCUGACCAUGGAUUUCCUGUUAGGAUGAUAAUUCCAGGCUUCAUUGGCGGGAGAAUGGUGAAAUGGCUUUCCAGGAUCAUUGUGACUACUCAAGAGUCUGAUAGUUACUACCAUUACAAGGAUAACAGGGUCCUCCCUUCCCACGUUGAUGCAGAACUUGCCAAUUCCGAAGCGUGGUGGUAUAAGCCUGAAUUCAUCAUCAAUGAGCUAAACAUCAAUUCGGUGAUCACAACACCAUGCCAGGACGAGAUUUUGCCGAUCAACUCGUGGACGACUCAGAGGCCUUACACGCUGAGGGGCUACGCUUAUUCUGGUGGAGGAAAGAAGGUGACACGUGUGGAAGUGACAAUGGACGGCGGAGACACGUGGCACGUUUGUGCCGUGGACCACCCUGAGAAGCCUUCCAAGUAUGGCAAGUACUGGUGCUGGUGUUUCUGGUCUCUGGAUGUUGAAGUCCUGGAUCUGCUGGGUGCUAAAGAAAUUGCAGUUCGAGCUUGGGAUGAGAGCACGAACACGCAACCCGAAAAGCUCAUUUGGAAUGUCAUGGGAAUGAUGAACAAUUGUUGGUUCAGGGUGAAAACCAAUGUGUGCAAACCACACAAAGGAGAAAUCGGAAUUGUAUUUGAGCACCCAACGCAGCCUGGAAACCAAUCUGGUGGAUGGAUGGCCAAGGAGAAACACCUCGAAAAAUCUUCCGACUCGAAUCAAACCCUGAAGAAAAGUGUCUCAUCACCAUUCAUGAACACAAGUUCAAAAAUGUUCUCAAUGUCUGAGGUUAAGAAGCACAACUCAGCAGACUCUGCAUGGAUAAUUGUUCAUGGCCAUGUUUAUGACACUACUCGUUUCCUCAAAGACCAUCCUGGAGGUUCCGAUAGUAUUCUUAUCAAUGCUGGCACAGAUUGUACCGAAGAAUUUGAAGCCAUCCACUCUGAUAAGGCUAAGAAACUCUUGGAAGAUUUCAGGAUUGGCGAGUUAAUAACCUCAGGUUACACCUCAGAUUCGUCGACUUCAUCACCUAACAACACAGUCCAUGGAGCUUCAAACGCCAGUCACUUAGCCCCGAUCACUGAAAUUGCCCCUGCAAGAAGCAUUGCGCUAAUUUCAGGCCAGAGAAUCCCAUGUAAACUUGUGUCCAAGACCUCAAUCUCCCAUGAUGUGAGAAAGUUUCGAUUUGCAUUGCCCUCAGAAGAGCAAGUCCUAGGAUUACCAAUUGGGAAGCACAUAUUUGUAUGUGCUACGGUUGAUGAAAAGCUAUGUAUGCGAGCCUAUACGCCUGCAAGCGGGGUAGAAGAAGUCGGGUAUUUUGAGCUAGUGGUGAAGAUAUACUUCAAAGGGGUACACCCUAGAUUUCCAAACGGAGGGGUUAUGUCACAAUACUUGGAUUCACUUUCUCUGGGGUCAUUUCUUGAAAUUAAGGGUCCACUGGGUCACAUUGAAUACAAAGGGAAAGGCAACUUUUUGGUGCAUGGCAAACACAAGUUUGCCAAAAAGUUGGCCAUGCUUGCUGGUGGAACAGGAAUUACACCUAUAUAUCAAGUAAUGCAAGCAAUUUUGAAGGAUUCUGAAGAUGAUACCCAGAUGUUUGUUGUCUAUGCCAAUCGGACUGAGGAUGAUAUCUUGCUUAGAGAUGAGCUUGAUGCAUGGGCUGAAAAGUAUCCUGAAAGAGUUAAAGUGUGGUAUGUAGUGGAAAAAUCCAUCAAGGAAGGGUGGAACUACGGUCUAGGGUUUGUUACCGAGAGCAUUUUAAGAGAACAUGUUCCUCUAGCGACAGAGACAACCCUAGCACUGGCUUGUGGCCCUCCUCCCAUGAUCCAGUUUGCAAUAAAUCCAAACUUGGAGAAAAUGGGAUAUGAUAUAAAGGACUCUUUAUUGAUCUUUUGAAGAAAGCAACGGGAUAAUAAUGUAGAUGUCAGGUUUUGUACAUAACUUUUAGUAGCCCAUAUUAUGUUUAUCAUAAAAAACUAAAUAGUCUUGUACUUCUUCUUCUUCAUUGAUUUUCUUUCUUUUUUCAA